CCCAAUGUUGGGCUCCCUGUGUGUGCAUUUGAGCUGCGUUCCUGACAGCGAUUGAUUUUCAUCUCUUUUCAUGCGAAAAAUGUAAUUUUUAGUGUAAUUUCCUUGGUUGUUGGGGCACAGACURUUAGAAAAUGCUGGCCUAUUUUCGAAGGAAACGAUCUAUCAAAGAAUGGCUGUACUUUUCAGUGCAUUUGCUGCAUUUUCUAACCGUCCUGGGAUUUCUGUGGGCGGGUAUUGUGGAGUUUAUUCGUAAUCCACCAUUUUUUGAUGCUUAUGGCGAUGCUGCUACAAGGAACAGUCUUCCAGAGGGACUUUUUGAGAAUGAUCCAAGAACUCUUGAUAAAUCACAAUCUCUAAGACUGAUGGAUCUACCCAUUCUUUUUAUCCUUAUUGCAUAYGCUUCGGUAUGUUGCUGGCUCAAGUUUAAAGGUCUAUCAUGGCUCUUAACAGGAUGUUUUACUCUCACUAUUUUGUGUUUUUGGAUGGUCAACUACUGGGCUUAUAAAUUCUUUGAUUGGAGAUAUUUUCCAAGCAGAAAUUUGGGUCUUGAUGUCCAAGUUCUCACAAUAGCRUUAAGUGCAACRUGUAUUUUCAUGGUCCURUUUUAUGAAAGGAAAAAGAUGCCUAUUAAAUUCAAGUCAUCACUUCCUGUGCGUCCUCUGGGUAAAAUCCACAUAGCCUCUAAUUUCCUGGCCAUUUACCUGGUAACGUUCACAUGUCUCAUUCUAUGGUUCUCAAAAUUAUAUGUGUCUUGGGCUUGCUUUAAAAACCAUGAUGAUGUCAUGAGCCUUUGUGAAAGAACAACUAUGGUUCAGUGUUAUCCGUGUAAUUCUUGUAAUACGACAGGGCUGAAAAAGUGUGUUAAAGACAAACAUAAGAUGUACCACUGCCUGUCAUACAUAGAAGAUGUGUCAAAGAAAAAGGGUUCUUUCUGUAUUUUUAACUAUAAUAUCAGCAUCUAUACGUUCUUGACAGUGUUUGCGUAUGUUGGUGGUUUAGUCGUGUUUCUGAGUACUUUCUAUCGUAUUGUCAUGCAUUAUUUCYUGCGUCUUGUGUUCCUGAUUAUUCAUUGGUUCACCGAUCGUCAUGGUCGUCAGGCAGAAAAUAUCCAACCACACCCUUCAAAUUCCYUACAUGUCCAUGAAGGUGCAUUAAGUCCUUAUGAUUACAUGAACGAGACCGAUGAUAGCAUGAGUAUCCAAAUAGUAGACAAAGAUCUUCCUAGUGAGAGUGGUGGUGACUUGGUAGACGCCAUGACCUAGUGCGCUUCAUCGUAAGGCAGUUUUAUUCACAGAAAUAGACACUAAUUUCUAAGUCAUAAUACAAGAUGGRGUAACCAAGCUUCGCUUCAGUUCCUAUACAGGGAACUCUUAAAAACAUGUUUAGAUCGCGGACUGCGACUGGAUAGUAAUGCACAAAAAAUCUGUUUUAGGCAAUCGAUCUUGCUUUAGUUUGAAUGAUUUGAUAGUCCAUCUCCAAUUGAUUUAUUAAAAGUACUUAUUAGGGAUUAUCGRAAUACAGUCUACACUGAACACUGAUGAUAGCUUUAUCUGCAAGAGACACUGGUAAUUGAACAUGAUUAUAAUUCCUGUGUAUUCAAAAUUCCUUCGGUCUUAGCUUCGAUAAUGUAAUCUUCCGAUGAUGGUUUUUUCAAUUGUCAUAUUGUUUAUACACCAUAUUUUAUCAUGUUGAUAUGUAAAAAUGCUGCUAAAUCAAAUAAUUAUUAUUUUUAUAUGCAAAAAUAAAUAUAUGAUGUAUAAAUUAAGCAAUAAAGAAUACAGAUAAUCAUUUAAUUGAA